GAUCUUGAACUCCUGACCCCAUGAUCCACCCACCUCAGCUUCCCAAAGUGCUGGGAUUACAGGCAUGAGCCACCGCACCCAGCCUCUCCUUAUGUAUUUUAAGAACUUAUCAAAAUCAACAAAAAUUACUAACUAGUCUUUUUCAAAUAUCUUAGAGAUUUAUGAAAACUAGAAACUGGCUCAAUAUCUUUUUAAUAUGAAAGAUAUACCCUAUAAAUCUAACUUCUGGGAAAAUACUGUAGAGAAAUUACUAUGAGAAUGGCUUCACUCGCAAAACAUUGUCAGGCUAAUUUAUAUUAUCUCUUGAUAUUAGCAAGGUUCAGUAUAAUAUGCUUAUCAGUAAAGUUAGGAGAUACUAUCUAGCACACAUAACUUUCUAGUUAGUGCACUGCCAUGUGGAUAACUGUGACCAGAAAGUGAUUAUCAACUGAGGAAGUAGCAGCUGGAGGUAUGUCCAGGGUUUGGAUCUGAGUUGGGUGUUUUAGAAUUUUAUCUGAGGAUCUGGAUGGCAUAAUAGAAAACAUGCAGGUGAUAUUUAUGUAAGUGACUUUGUGGUGUAUAGAGUGCCUUGAUUUUGAAGCAAGAAUUUGAAAUGAGUUUGGCAAAAUAAAAUAUAUAAAAUUAAAGUGAAAGGAAAUAGUCGAAGAUAAGCAAUUAAAUUCAUUUAAGGAAAGUACAGGGUGGUACAUUGAAUAAAACCAAGCAAAUGACAUAAAUAUACUAGAUUUGUAUUUGUUUUGUUAAAUUUGUUACUGUAGUUUCCAGUAUUUAGAAUAGUGUAUGAUAUGAAGCAAACGUUUAAUAAAUAUUUGCUGAAUAAAUAUAUGAAUAAAAUAUAAGAUGGAGGAAGACAACGUGCGAUUAGAGCAAAAUUAAGAUUAUUCCUAAGGGGAUGGAAAUGCGUAACUACUAAACUGUUAGAAAAGCUUUUUGGACAAAUGAUUUCUGAGCGUGUGUUAAAAUUUUAUUUGUCUUAUAUGUAAAAUGUUUCUGGUAGAUGGAUUCAAAAAUUCAUUCUUAGGGACAUUUGAUAAGAAAAGUGAAUGGUCAGAUAUAGCUAACCUAGAUUAAAAAAUAUGUGAGUUCAAGGUCACUAGACUUUUCACUGACACCUAACAAUUUAACUGGAUGGCUAGGGAGCUGGUUUCUAAGAACAAGUGUUUCCCUAUUAAACUUAAUCAGAAAAUUUCUUAAUUAUUAGGAAUAUGUGUUUCUUCGUAGAAGGAGAUUGUGAAUUCUACUUCACAAAUAGGUUCUGUUCCUGAUCAAGUUAGAAACUUUUUUUUUUUUUAAUAGUCUCUCAAUUUAGACAGUCUUUGCAGGUCUGUCUUGGUCAAGGAAAAGUCUAUCCAUCUCAUUGCAUUUUUGCAUUAGGGUCAUUGAAUUUGUUACCUACUCAUUAACUUUUAGGUUUCUUUAUUUACACUUUACAUCUAGAGUCACAGUUACAAGCACUAUUUAUAUAAACACUGAUAAUACUUUGAACUGGUUUUCUAUACCAGGGAAGAUUUUCAAAGCAUAAUCUAAAGUAACAUAGAUUCAGUGUUAUCUACUUCAUAUAAUUUAUGGUCCUGGGCUUCCAUAUUUCUGUGUUCUGUUCUACUUAGCAUGCUUUGUUUUAAAAGGUACCACAAGAGGAGCUUAUUAAUCCGUUUAAACGAUCUUUUUGUGUGAUCAAGGCAUUCGCUGCCAUAUGAUAUUGCACAACCAGUAAGGCCAAUGAGUUAACAUCUUUGUGGAAGCUUUAUGAAAUCCUUGAAGUGAUGUUUUUUAUUGCUUCUUUCACACUAGAAGUAAUUUUGAUAGUACUUUCCUCUCAGCUUGUCUACUCCAAGGCCAGAACUCAGAGAGUAUCUAGUUUAUCUCCAUCAGAUUUUGCCUCUAGUCCUUGUAACUGUGGUAACCCUAUUUUCUUGAGGACGCUUUUUUCCCUCCUCAGAUUCUUAUCCUGCUAGAUAGUUAUAUUCUGUACAGCCUAAAAAGUUGAGAUUCUUUUGGCCAUAGAGUAGAUACCAGACUGGUAUCCAGGGAGGAUGUUCUGUGCAUUGCUACAAUUUAUGUAGUGUAGCAUUAGUACCUUAAUAGGAUUUUCAUGUCAAACUAAAUUUAUCUCUAAAUGUGACACUUUGGGCACAGCAUGUUAGAAAUUAGGUUUAUUCAUGGCUGGGUGCAGUGGCUCCUGCCUGUAAUCCCAGCACUUUGGGAGGCUUAGGCAAGCGGAUCACCUGAGGUCAGGAGUUCGAGACCAGCCUGGCUGGUGAAAUCCCACCUCUACUAAAAAUACAAAAAUUGGCCGGGCACGGUGGCUCACGCCUGUAAUCCGAGCACUUUGAGAGGCCGAGGUGGGUGGAUCACGAGGUCAGGAGUUCAAGACCAGCCUGGCCAAGAUAGUGAAACCCCAUCUCCACUAAAAAUACAAAAAUUAGCCAGGCAUAGUGGCACACAUCUGUAAUCCCAGCUACGCAGGAGGCUGAGACAUGAAAAUCACUUGAACCCGGGAGGUGGAGGUUGCAGUGAGCCGAGAUCACACCACUGCACUCUAACCUGGGUAACAGAGUGAGACUCUGUCUCAAAAAAAAUAAUAAUAAAAGGUUUAUUCAAUUAUAUAGGAGUAUAUAGGAAGGAGGAUAUAUUCUAUUCUUUUUUCUUGUUUGUUUGUUUUUGAGACGGGGCCUUGCUCUGUCAUCCUGGUCAGAGUGCAAUGGCACAGUCUUGGCUCACUACAACCUCCACCUCUAAGACUCAAGCCGUCCUUCUACCUCACGGUCCAGAGUAGCUGGGAGCACAGGCACACACCACCACACCCAGCUAUUUUUUGUGGAGACAGGGUUUCACCAUGUUGCCCAAGCUGUGCUCAAACUCCGGAGCUCAAGUGAUCCACCUGCCCUGCCUCACAAAGUGCUGGAGUUACAGGCAUAAGCCACCAUGUCCAGCUGGGAGGACAUAUUCUUAAUGAACCAAUACAAAUAGCUACAUUACCAGGAGCAGUAAAGGGUCUCAAUGUGUAUAGUAAUGACUGCCAUUCUGCAUAGUUUUGUGGACUAGGCAAACCUAUUUAUGUCACAUUUUAUAGAGAAUUGUAGAUUCCAUGAUAGUGGAGUUAUAUACAAAAAGUUGUGUUGCUUUUAAGUAUGGUAAGAAUAAGUAAAGUUUAUGUAAAUGAUCAUUAACAAAAAUGAGUUGUGUUUUUAUAAGUUUACCUCUUUAAAAUUCAAUUUUGAAGGGAUUUUUAGGUUCUCCUGGGUAUUCACUAGUUUAUUUUCACAGCUUUUCCUGUUAUUUCAUACAGGAUGUUUUCGUUCAUAGUGAUAGAAUACUAGAAAUUUUGUGAGUUCCAGAAUUCUAAAGCAUGUGCUCAUGCUGUGUAGUAUUCUGAAGAAUAUAGUCCCUCAACCCUCUAAAACUGGGCUUCUGACAUAUACGGUACUAUUUGAUAACAUACCAAUCAAACAUUUGAAUUUUGAUAUAGCUGUAGGCAUAACUAAUAAUCAGAGAUGUUUAAGUUACAAUUUUUUUGUUUCAAGUUUUUAAAAAAGAUAACCUACAAAUGCACUGAAAUAACCUACUAAAUUAAGGGUUAGAGAUAAUAAUCUAAGAAGAAAAACAGGGGCUUAUCAAAUACCUUUCAAAAAAUAAAACAUCAAUGGUAGGAUAGCUUUGUAUCAUUUAACUGUUGAGUUUAUAACAAUUAUAAACUGACCAAAAUAUAAAACCCCACUAUUUUUUAUUUACUUUAUUUAUUUAGUUGAGACAGGGUCUCGCUCUAUUGCCCAGGCUGGAGUGCAGGGGCACAAUCUUGGCCCACUGUAGCCUUCGCCUCCCAGGCUCAGGCAGUUCUCCCACCUCAGCUUCCUGAGCAGCUGGGACUACAGGCACGUGCCACCGCACCCGGCUAAUGUUUUGUAUAUUUAGUAGAGACAGGGUUUACCAUGUUGCCUACACUUGCUGCCUGCUGUGGCCUCCCAAAGUGCUGAGAUUACAGGUGUGAGCCACAGUGCCCAGACAAAACCCCACUAUUUAAAGGCAUGGGAAUGCAACCAAAGCAAGUAGAAAUGGAGGGGAACUGAUCGUUGACAGAAAGAGACUCCACUGGGUGAGAUUUGAAUUAUGACUUUUCUCCUGAAACCAGUACCCAGUCCAUAUGGUCUACAGGUACUAACGCUCAUACCUGACACUGCAGUCAUACAUAGUCCGAAGGUGGAGUUUGAGCCUUGCUCUGUGGUUGGAAAGUGAAGGGGAAAUCCUAGGGGGAAAAAAGUCACAUAAAAGAGAUUGCCCCCAAAUCUGCAUAUAAACUCUUACCAAAUCUUUGCCUGACCCCAGAAGUGCUCAUGAGAGGAGUUAGGCUCCAUGUAAACCUAAACCCGUGAACAGCAGGAAGCCUAAAAUGCUUGAGCAGACAUUUUAGCUGCUGCCCACCUUAGAGAAGACAGUUUAGUUUCAGUAUAGCCAAGUCAAUGGCCUGCUAAAGCUAAAAAUCAGUACUUUUCAAAGGGAAAUAAUAGACUACAGAGCUUCCAUAAUAUGUCAUCCAGAAUAUCCAGGAUAAAAUCAGACUAGUAGGCAUGAAAAUGCACAGGAAAUAUAACUCAUUAUCAAGACAAAAUACAGUCAAUAGAAAUUAACUCUAAGGUGAUCCAAAUGUUAAAGUUAGUAAAUAAUAAAUUUUAAAACUGCUAUUAUAGUAUUGUGAAAAGAAAAUAUAGUCAUAAUGAAUUAACAGAUGAGAACUCUCAGCAAAGAAAUGGAAAUUAUAAAAAACAGUAAAAUAGGAAUUCCAGAAUGAAAAAUCCACUGGAUGAGCUUAACAACAACUGGAGGUAGCAAAGUAAAGAGUAGAGAAUUUGAACAUGUAUCGAUAGAAAUAAUCUGAACAAUAGAGAGAAAAUGAUUGAAAAAAAUUGCACAGAGCCAUAAUGGCAUGUGGGGAAAUGUCAAGAUAAGAAUGUCCUGGAAAGAGAAGAGAGGAAAAAAUGGAAGAAAAAAAGAGAGAAAAAAAGUGAAGAAAGAAUGGCUGUACACUUCGCAAUUAUGGUGAAAACACAUCAACUUACCAAUCUGAAAAGCACAUUAUACCACAAGCAGGUUAAAUACAACAAUACCAUUCCUGGGUAUAUUACCACAGUCUAACUACUGAAAACCAAAGAUAAGGAGAAAACUAUAGAAGCAGCUAGAGAAAAUUAAAAUAUAUGUUAUACAGUAUAACAAUAUGGAUGAUGAGUGAGUUUUUUCUCAAAAAAGGACAAAAUAUUAUUAUUGAAAUAUUGGAGUGUUUUCUCUGAACCCAAUAGAAUUAAAUUAGAAAAUAGGAACAAUAAGAUGUUUAGAAGAGCCUCAAAUAUUUGUAAAUAAAAUAAGAAACUUCUACAUAUCUUAUGGGCCAAAGAAAAAUUCAAAAAGGUUAAAAAUAUUUCAGACUGAAUGAUAAAAAUAUAACAUUGAAAUUAAUGGGAAAAAAUAAUGAGACAUAGCUAAAGCAGGGCAUAGGUAGUUUGGCAGGAAGAUGAUUAGAUAGAUAGAUAGAUAGAUAGAUAGAUAGAUAGAUAGAUAGAUAUGGUUACUUAGAACUUGAUAUUCUAUAUUACGAAACAUUUAAUAUCAAUCAUCUUAAUUUCCACCACAAGAAGCUGGAUUAGAUUCCCAAAAACAUAGAAAGAAAUACUAGAUUUAAGAACAGAAUAACUGAAAUCGAAAUCAGAUGAGUGACAGAAAAAUAUUAAAUAAGACAAAUGUUGGUAGUUUGAAAAGAUUAAUGAAUCUAGCCAAACCAUUAAAGAGGUGAGGGAGAGUGGGAGAUGGAGAACCCAAAUUACCAAUAUCAGGAAUGGAAGAGGGGUAUCACUACAGACCCUACUGACAUUAAAAGGAUAGCAAGGAAAUAUCGUGAAAACUAUAUGCCAGUACGUUUGACAACUUAAAUGGAAAAAAAUUUCUUGAAAUGCACAAUUACAAAGCCUGACAGAAAUUUUAUUUAUAACCAAAAACUUUCCCAUAAGGAAAACUUCAAAGGGGAUUUAAUCCCAAGAAUGCAAGGUUGGUUUAACAUUCAAAAAUCAAUCACUGUAAUUCAUCAUAUUAAAUGAUCAUAUGGUUUUUCUCCUUUAUUAUUUCAGUAGAUGCAUUCAAUAUUUUCAGUAUCUAUUAAUGAUAAAGAUUUUCAAAGAUUUUCUAUCAAUCUCAUACACGUUUUAUUUUAAAAUAACCUAUAGCUAGCAUCAUACUUAAUGGUGAAGUUUUGAAUGCCUUCCCCUUGAGAUCAGAACUAAGCAAUUAUACCUUCUCUCAUCACUUCCAUUCAGCAUUAUACAGGAGGCUGGCCAGUGCGAUAAGGAUGAAAAAAAUUAAAGAUUAAAAGAAAGAAGUAGAACUACCUUUCUUUAUAAGCUUUGUGGUUAGAAAUUGGGAUUCCAUUUUCUAAGGAAUCUACAAAGCAACAACUAAAAAUAGUAAGUGCCACACUAACUUGUAAUCGACGUGCAGAUAUGUAAAAUUUACCAAAAAACUUACCAGUAAAUCUGUUGACAAUCACCAUGUCAGUCAGCCCUUGUAUGUGAACAUGAAUAUGAUUUUACUUACUCCGAAAGGGUAUUUAAUAACAUGAUAACAUUAAUAAUAUUUUACCUGUUAAUUUAUCUUUACCUGACAGCUUUCCCCAUAAUGUGAGUGCAAUAAACAGAACUGCCUACUGUUGACCUAAUUAAAGAUUAAGGAACAAAUCAAUUAAAAGUAAUUAUUUCUAGCCUCUCUUUCUUGUAAGUACCGUAUCCUGGAUUAUAGGAGACAAAGCAAAUCUUUGGUGCUACCUAGAUGCUAUUAUGUAUCAAACAUGGAUUGGGGUAUCAAAGCAUCUCCUCCUUUUUAUAUAGCUCCAAAUUAGGAACAUGAUCUUAAAGGAAGGCAGCAUUUUAAAAUGUUGUCAGAUAAGAAUGCAGAUGCCCAGGGAAUUGAGAAGGUCAUAAUGUUGCCUAGCUUAUUUACUAAUAACUAUAUCAGAAAGUACAUAAGAAAUGUUAGAAUUUUAAUUUCUCUAGAGGCCAGGAAUCUUUAUUAUUCUUGUUUCAUUUCGGUAUUUUGAAAUACUAAAAAGCAGCACAAAAGCAUGAAAUCGACUUGCCGCUUCUGAAAGAACACAUUUGGGUUGGGUGAGAAAAAAUAUAUAACUUUUACUCUCUGGGUACAAUAUACGGUAAGUAAAUAACUUCACAGAUUUAUUUCUAGAAAAGGCCAUCUCGAAAAUAAUUUUUCUUUUUGAGUUACCAGUUAUCUAUCCUACUUAGCUACUUCAAAAAACUUAAUUUUAUCUCAAAAUGUGUUAUUUUUCAUACAAAUCACACAGGUCAAACAAUGGUGUGUGACAAUUUGUAGUGUUAAACAUUAGUUUUUAAAAUAAAAUUACUAAAGUGGGAGGAUCACUUGAGCACAGGAGUUCAAAACCAGCCUGGGCAACAUGGUGAGACCCAUCUCUACAAAAAAUAAAAAUUAAAAAAAUUAGCCUGGCACGGUGGCUCAUGCCUGUGGUUCCAGCUACUCUGGAGGUUGAGGCGGGAGGAUGGCUUGAGCCCAGGAGACUGAGGCUGCGGUGAACUAUGUUUGCAACACUGCAUUCCAACCUGGGUGACAGAGCAAGACCCUGUCUCAAAAAUAAAUAAAAUUAAUUUUAUAAAGCAUGUUAUGAAAUAAGAUUAUAGUCUUAUUUGAAUAUUAUGAAGAACAAAAUAUGUUUAUAAAUCUAAUACAUAGGUUAAAACUAUUGUGUAAGUAUUUUGCCAAAGAUUAUUCAUUGAAUUCCUAAUUUUAAUAUUAGCCCCUGCUUAAAAUUAAUUAUCUUAAAUUACAAUUUAAAUUACCAUUUAAAAUAAUACAAUUACUGUUCGUAUUCAAAGCCUAUAAGAGAAAUACAACAUCCCAUGAUUCAACAUUACUGCAACAUUGCCUAAAAUUUACAACCAUUAAAGAACAGACACUAGUUAUAAUUCAUUGUUGUUGGGUACAUCUACAGUCUUAAAUUUUUAGUAUAAAUAAUAACCAACCAUCUGACCUAUGAGACAAAUAUAAGGAAGUUAAUAUCUUCUAGUUUAAUACACAUUGUAUCAGAGAACAGACAGGGUGAACCAAAAUACGUGAAUGAAUUGCACAAACUAAAAUAACAUUUUUAACAGCUUUAUUGAGAUAUAAUAUACAAACCACAUAUUUGUUUACAGUAUACAAUUCAAUAGCUUUUAGCAUAAUUAUAGAAUUGUGUAACUAUCACCAUAAUCUAAUUUUAAAAUAUUUUUAUCACCCUAAAAAGUAACAUCUAUGCAUUAGCUAUUACCCCUGCUCGCCAUCCUCUACUUCUCCCAACCUCUAAACAGCCAUUACUCUAUUUUUGUCACAAUAGAUUUGCCUAUUCUGGACAGCUCAUGUAAGUGGUAUCAAAAAUACGUGUUUUUUGUGACUAGCUUCUUUCACUUAGCUUAUAUUUAAGGUUCAUUAAUGUUGUGGCAUAUAUCAAUGACCCACUUCUUUGUCAAAUAAUAUUUCAUAGUCUCAACAUACCACAUUUUGUUUAUCCAUCCAUCAGUUAAUGGGCAUUUUGGUUGUUUUCACCUUUUAGCUUUUGUAAAUCAUUCUUUUAUGAACAUUCAUGUAUAUGUAUUUGAGUACCUGUUUUAAAUUCCUGUGGAUAUUCCCCUAGGAAUAGAAUUUCUGGGUAAUAUGAUAACUGUGUUUGACAUUGUGAUGUAAAUGAGGUAUAAUUUUUGCAUCCUAUCCCUAACUAAAAUAAAAUCAAUGCUAAGGCAUUUAACUGUCUUUUUAAUGAUGUUUAACAAACUCAUUUGUCUAAGCAUUAAUCAUUACUGGAAUAUCAAUUGAACUUCAAAUUUUAUAUAAUUAAUUCAUAGUUGUUUGCAAAGUACUAUUAAAGCACCAGUAAAUCUCUUUACAUUUUGGAUUAAAAGUUCUAGUUAAAUAUGGAAAGAGCUGCUGAAAGCUGACAGGGUAGCUAGUUGCAUUUUUGUUGUUCUUGUUCCUUAUCCUUAGUGACCUGUACGCCAUCCAUUAACUCCAAACAUUCCUUCUGUGCAUUUUUCCCCUCUUUUUGUUGUGUGUCCAGGAAAAGUUUUUUUUAAGAUUUUCUUAUUCUAGAUAUAAAUAACUGCUAUUAGUUUCUGUCUAGAAAAUGUGAACUCCAUCUAUUUGAAAAACUUCACAGUCAUGCUAAUUUAUCUCUGGAAAGAAGUAAAGUUAUUUUACCUCCUGGAGGUAAAUAAAACACCUUUCCUUGAAACAUUCUUUCAGGCACUACUCUUUUGCCCAGGGUGGUAGAGGAACUAUCUUGACAGGCUGUAGAUUCUAUCUGUUUUGGUCUAUUUAGAGAUGUUCUUUUAAUUCACUGUCACCCAGACUUGGCAGAAAUUUCCUUUAACUCUUUCUUGUCACACACCUGUGAAAUCACCCAGGCAGAUUUCCCCUCCUCUCUUCAUUUCAAAGUGAAUUCAUUUGUUUAAUGAGAUGUUCUUCAAAACACAGGACAAACUUUUGUGACCCCUUUAACUUUCAUUCUUAGAGGCAUUCUAAGCAAAUGAGAAGCUCUCAUUCUAGUAGUUGAGUCCUAGGUACUCAAAGGACUCACUGACCAAAAAUAUAGAACACUAUAAAUAACUGUUUACAGACACAGACAAUUGUACAGGAAACCUCUGAACCCAUUCCUAUAGGAUACAAUUUUAACUGUUCGACAAAUGUAAAUACUGAUACAAAUAUAUACACAAACCCACUGCAGGCAAAACACAAAAUAACUUAAGAUUUCUGUGAAUGUUGUCAUAGGAUAAUUUUCAAAAAGUUAAACAUGACUCUUAAAUAUAGAAUGAACAGUCAAAGAUUUAUUUAACUCAUAAAUGAGGGAGCCAGCAGGAUGGCAAAACUGCUGCAAAGAGUGUUCAAGGAAUUAUUUUUGAAAGGAAUGUUAGAAUAACAUUGCUAGAUAUAAAACUAGGUAAUGUCCUUCAGGGAAAUAAAACUCAUAAUGUUUUGAGUUUUCUUUUCUCCCAGCCAAAAAUCUACAAGACUGGAAUUUAAUCAGUAGAAAUUAGCAAGUAAAAAAAAAGAGUUUUAUUUUCCCAAGUAAUCCAUGGGUGGGCCAAUUAAAUAAUUAUUCAGUAUUACAUUGAAAGGAUAUAUUGCUCUACCUUUCCCUCAUUUGCAAGUUUUGAAUACUUUUUGAAACAAUGUACACUUACUCAUCCUAAAUGUUCUUUUUAAGGGCUUUGGUUGUUUCUUAGUAAUAUAAUAAACAUUAAGCCAUAGAAUGUGUCAAAUACAAAACACUGGUGGUGGAAAUCUUCAAACUUAGAACAUGGGUUCUAGGAACAGAAGUUUUGGGUUCUACACUUCCACAUUUACAUCCCUCCAAUAUCAAAUACUGCUCUGAUUUCACCCUGGGGGAGGAGUCCUGUUUUAACUCCAACCCCAAGUUCAACCACUUCUUAGAGCUCAAACAGCUCUCCAAGCUCUCAACUUAGAUGGCAAGUCAUUUUAAGCACAGUAGAAUGGGAGUCCCUUCAGAUGGCCAUUAGACAUUGACAUUCAAGUGCUCAAAUUGCCAUAUCUCAGAAAAAAAAAAUCCAGCAAUCAAGAAGCAUAACACAAUGGGUAACAAUAGCAUAUAUGCCAUGAAGUACCUUGAUCCAGAGGCUGACAAUAACUCUGUUUCUCUUGAGGUGAGCAGGUCUCCAAGGGAGUUCUGAGAACCAUUGCAACAGGAAUUGACAAGCUGUGGCCCAUGCAGUUUGAGUUAGUGCAACCUGUUUUGGUAUGGCCCACUCACUGAGAUUGGCUUUUCUAAUUUUAAAGGAUUGUUUAAAUUUUUAAAAAAGAAUAUGCAACAUAGGCCAGGCGUAGUGGCUCAAGCCUGUAAUCCCAACACUUUGGGAGGCCAAGGCGGGCAGAUCACGAGGUCAGGAGAUUGAGACCACCCUGGCUAACACGGUGAAACCCUGUCUCUGCUGAAAGUACAAAAAAUUAGCUGGGCAUGGUGGCAGGCGCCUCUCGUCCCAGCUACUUGGGAGGCUGAGGCAGGAGAAUGGCAUGAACCCGGGAGGUGGAGCUUGCAGUGAGCUGAGAUCGUGCCACUGCACUCCAGUCUGGGUGACAGAGCAAGACUCUGUCUCAAAAAAAAAAAAAAAAAAAAAAAGCAACGUAGACCACAUAUGAUUUAUAAACCCUAAGUAUUUGCUUUCGCUCCCUUUAUAGGAAAAAGUUCAUGGAUCCUUGCAUUUUAAAAAAGAUUGACAAUUGACUUGUUAGUGUGUGUUAAAGCUUUAUAAUAAACUUGCUGUAAGGGAGGAGUUUGUUCAUAGGCUAAUUCAGAGAUUUGCUCUUGAUAGGGACAUUUUGUAGCAAAAGAGAAUGGUUAGAAAAAUUACUAGAUUUGACAUCAAAAUAAAACAGUAUUUUGUUAAAGGUCACUAAAUUCUUGGUUGACAGCUGGUCAACUGCAUGGGUCAUAUGUAAUUUCCCAAAAUAAGUCCUAGUGUCAUUAAAGUUCAUGAGAAUCAAUUACAGAAGCAUUUUGUCAGGAACACUCAUUUCUUUCUGAGAGGAGUUUGUAAGUGAUAUCACACAAACAGGUUUGGGACUAUUUUUCUUUUUCAAGGCAAUGUAGUAUAUUUUUAAAAGCAUACACUGGAGUGCUGGGGUGCAGUAAAAGAAAAGUAAAACUGUAGGAAUCUUUUGAUGCCACACUAACUCAUACUUUGUUGGAAAUUUAGAUACACAAUAAAAUAUGAAGAUAAAACACUGGGAAAAGAAUCAGAAGACCAUCACAGAGUGGGUUAGAGCAUUGAAAACAGGAUCUAUGUAGGAAAGAUGAAAGGAAUUGAGAUAUUGCUGCUAAGAUGGGGUCCAGGAAAAAGUUAGUAAUUAUUUCCAGGGGUAUGAAAAGGUCUCUGAAUCUGAGGAGCAAUUUUGUAACUCUUCUGAAAAGUGUAGUCUUGCCUGAAGGUUUAGUCAGAUAACCCCUUAUGAUCAGUCUUGCAUUAUCAUUUAAGACCACACUAGGUACGAGGUUCUCAGUGGUGGAUCAAAGGGAAAAUAAAAGAGGACCACACUGGGUGCAGAUCACCAGAUCCACUGGCUUUCUAGGGGAUUAAAAAGAAAGCCACUGUCCCAGAGGACUUACUCUAUGACAGAAGGAUAGGGUAAACAAAUAUACAAGUGGCAAGUUAUGGGGUCGAAGUAUCACAGGAGAAGGGGGAAAUUGUUGCAAUAUAUAAACAUCUGAAAAGGGACACAAUUAAAAAUACAGCUCAUAAGACAAAGAUCUGGAGGAGGUGGGGAGACACAGAUAUCUGCGGAGGAGAGGUCUGAGAAGAGGGGACAGCAAAUAUAAAUAUGUUCCCCUGGCAUGAUGGAGGAACAGCAAGAAGGCCAGUGUGGGUGCACAGCUCUGAGCAAUGGGGAGAGUGGUCGUUAAGAGAGGGUGCUGUAGGCUCAUGAAGUGUCUUGUCCACCUCUACUCUGAAUGAGAUGAGGAACCAUUAGAGAGUUCUUAAUCUGACUUGAGUUUUCAAAGGAUCACUCUGGCUGUGGUAUAGAGCAAUCAUUAGCCAACCUUUUGGUCUCAGGGCAUUUGUACUCAAAUUAUUGAAAAUUCUAAAGAGCUCUAACCCCUAAGAGCUCAGAAAUGUAAAUUUGAUUAUUUAUUUAUUUAUUUUAAAAUAACAAUAAUGCCACUGAAUGUUAACACAAGUAACAUAUGUUUUGAAAUUAUAUUUUCCAAAACAAAAGAACAAAAAGAUGUCAGUGUUUAAGUUUUUGCAAAUGUCUUUAAUGUCUGGCAAUCAGUCUGUUCACUGUCAUGUAUCAUGUAGCCUCUAGAAAGCUUCACUGUGCAUUCACAAGACAAUGAAUUUAAAAGGCCAAUAAUGUUUAAUAGUCUUGUGAAAAUAGUUUUGACCUCACUGAUUCCCCAAAAAGGCACACUGUGAGAAACAGUGGUAAAGAGUAGACUAACUGUAAGAGACAAGGAUGGAACCUAUUGUAAUAAACCAAAUGAGACAUGCUGGUGCCUUGGGUUAUAGCAGGAGAGGUAGGGAGAACUGGUUAGAUUCUAGAUAGAUUUUAAAGAUUGAGCCUACAGGUUUUGCUAACAGAAUAGACCUGAAUGUAAGAGAGAAAAAUUAAAAAUUGACUCCGAGGUUUUGACCCAGAGGAACUGCAAAAAUGGAUUUCCUAUGUACUGAAAUAUGGAUGGUUGUGGAAAUAGCAGAUUUGGGGUGAAAUGAAGAAUUAUUUUGGACUCGUUAAUUUCAGUCCAGCAGUAUCACUACUAGGUAUCUACCCAAAGGAAAAUAAAUCAUUAUAUCAAAAAGCUACCUGCACUUGUAUGUUUAUCGCAGCAUCAUUUGUAACAGCAAAGAUAUGAAAUCAAUCUAAGUGUCCAUCAAUGGAUGACUGGAUAAAGAAAAUGUGGUAUAUAUACACAAUGGAAUAUUAUUCAGCCAUGGAAAAGGAUGAAAUCAUGUCUUUUGAUGGAUAGACAUGAUAGAACAUGGAUAGAACUGGAGGCCAUUUUCUUAAGUGAAACAGCUCAGAAACAAAUAGUGCAUGUUUUCAUUGAGAAGUAGGAGCUAAAUAAUGUGAACACAUGGACAUAGAGUGGAAUAAUAGACAUUGGAGACUUGGAAGGGUAGAAGUGAGGAGGCAGGUAAGGGAUGAGAAAUUACUUAAUAAAUACAAUGAACAUUAUUCAGGUGAUAAUUACACUAAAAUCCCAGACUUCACCACUACCCAGUAUAGCCAUGUAGCAAAAUUGCACUUGUACCCUUUAAAUUUAUACAAAAAAAGAGAAAUGUCUACUAAACAUCCAGUUGGAAAUGUCAAGUCAGCAGCUGGAUAUUUAAGUCUCAAUUCAGGGGAUGGAUGUCUUACUCUCUUUAUAUUCCUCAAUACUUUUUAAGGAGAGAAUACAUAAAAAUAAAUUUUCUGUGUCCUUCUAUGUCUGAAAUACACUAUUUAUUCUACUCUCAAAUUUGAAAGUUAGUUUGGUUGAGUACUAAACUCUACAUUGACAACCACUUUCACUAAGAAUUUGAAGGCUUUUUACAACUAUUUUCUGGCAUACAAUAUUGUUGGCGAAAAGUGUAAUACUGAUCUGAUGUUUGUUUCUUUGUAUGCACCCUUUUACCCUCUCUAUUUGCUGCCUCCUCCAAGCUUUUAGGAUCUUCUCAUUAUCCCCAAUGUUCAUGACAGUAUGGGUCUUUAUUAAUUCAUUGUGUGCUAGCACUUUAGUAAGCCUUUUUUUUUUUUUUUUUUUUUAAGACAAGGUCUUGCUAUGUUGCCCAGACUGGAUUUGAACUCCUAGGCCCAAGUGAUCCUCCUUUCUCAGCCUCUCGAAUAGCUGGGAUUACAGGCAUGAGCCACCAUGCCCAGCUAGUCGACCUUUUUAAUAUGAAGUCUCAUGUCCUACAGUUUGGGAAAAUUUUCUUGCACUCUCUUCUUGAUACCUCUGUGUCAUUUUCUCCUUUCACUCUUUAGUUAAUUUCCAUUAUUCAAACAUUGAAUCUGGUGUCUGUAUAUUAUUUUUCCCCGUCUGUUUUUUUUCUACUUUAAGAUGAAUUUCAUCAACAUUAUCUAACCUUAUGCUGAUUUUUUCACUAUCUUAUUUUUAAUUUCCAAGUUUUUUUCAGUGUGUUUAUUUUAUAAAUACAGUAUCUCCUGCUAGCUCUCUGAGAAUAUUAAUUAUAGUUAGGAAUUUUUUAAAUGUGAACUCCUGCUCUCUGCUUUACUUUUGGUUUUAAUGUGUCUUUAUUUGUUCCUUUGAUUGUAUAUUUGUCUUAUUUAUAUCUGUCUUUCAGUUGGAGGCAUUCCUCAAAUGACUGAUGAUCUGUAUCUGUAUCUUCAAAUGUCUUAGUUUGUUUUGUGCUGCUAUAACAGAAUACUAAGACUGGAUAAUUUAUAAUGAAUAUAAAAUUUUGGGCUUACAGUUCUGAAGGCUGGGAUCCCAAUAUCAAGUUGCAGGCAUCUGGUGGGGCCUUCUUGUAGCAUUAUCAUAUGGCAGAAGUCAUCACAUGGUGGAAUAGCAAAAAGCUAGAGAGAGCAAGAGCCAGAGGGGGCAAAUCCACUCCCAUGAUAACACUAAUGCAUGCAUGAGGGCAGAGCCCUCAUGACCUAAACAACUCUUAAAGAUCUCUUUACUGCCCUUGCUAACAUGUAUCCCUUACUUGUCUGUUGAAGAUGAUGAAUACUAAGCCUGCAUCCCAUCUCAGAGGUGGAGAGGAAGGUAUAUGGAGGGCUCUUUUAAGGACACAACUCCAAGUUGAGUUCAUCUUUUCUGUUUAUAUGCCAUUGGCUAGGACGAAGUCCCACACCAUACCUGCCUUCAAGGGGACUGGAACAUGCACUUUAUUAUUACGUAAAAAGGAGAGGGUAAAUACUGGAAAACAAGCAGCUGUGUCUCUGACUGUGAUGCUGCCAUCUUACAGCUAGAGGUACAAAGAGCACAGGGACAUUGUAGUAGCUCACAACAAAGAUUCAACAUGAGGGCUCUUUCAGUGACCUUUCCUGAAGAUUGUAUGACUCACCUUCCAAGAACUCUCCCUUGAGGGGACGUGUUGAUCCCACAGAUUGCAGCUAGUUUCCUUAGCCUCAGCUGCUAACCAUCCUGUAGACCCUAUAAAGGCAGCUGUGUUUCUGGAUGGCAGUGGUCAGAGGAACAGGCCUUCCGUAAGCUGGCGAUCUUCACAUCAUCGGGUCUAACUGCCUGUCAGGUGUGGGGUGGGGAUGGGCCCUUACUCUUAAGCACCUGUUCAUUAACUUUAUCAUUAUUGGUCUUAGCUAUCGAGGCUUUCUUAAAACUUCGGGUUAUGCUCCAGAGAUGCUAGGUACUGAAUAAGCUCAAAGAGUCACAUAGUCAGUGGGGAAUCUAGUAGAAAUGCACAUUUGAGACCUCUGGGUUUCCAGGCAUGUAAUUCAAGAAUUGGGGCAGGUUGGCAUUUCACAGAGUUUGGUUUCUAUAUAUCCAUGCAACAAGCAUAGGUAACACAUGGAGUUAGAGAUAAUUGAUUGGGAGGAAUUGGCCUGUCUUGAUGCAAUGGAAAAAAUAGCAAAUGUUUUCAAGAGGACACCACAAUUUGGGGGUACUGUUUGGCACUUUCCAUGAACAGCAGAUGUAGUGGAACAUACAGUAAAUUGGAUUUUUUAGAAUCCAGAAGAUUCCCAAGAGAGAAGCCUAGCUAUUUUUUUUAUUCAAAGUUUAUUAAACAAUACAAACAUUGUUCUAAAAAGCAAGAAGUCAGGAAAUAUUUUCUUAAUUAAAUAAUGUAGUUGACAAUUUUCACAUUUACUGCCAGCUACUUAUCCAAGUGUGCGUGAUUCAGAGGGGUUAAAUAACCUGCCCAAAGUCACUAGCUAGUAGCCAUAGAGCUAGAUUUCAAACCUAGGUCUUUCUGGCUAUAAAACAUACAUUGUAACUAUUUCAUUAUAUUAUACAAAAUGGUGAGUAGAGAUGGCUUCCUUUUAUUUUUAUUUUUUAGAUUAAUGUGGCCACUUAUGACUAAACUUAGAAUUCUGAAAAUGCAGAUGUCCAAUGAGGUAGUAGUAUAUACAUCUAAGGCAAUAACAGGAGUCUUUUUUGUUUGUUUUACUGUUGUCAUAUAUUGCCUUGGACUAAGUACUUCAUAUCACCCUAAGUGUACAAAACUGUAAUCAGUUCAUAGGAAAAGAAUUUGUACAAAAUUAAAAUUUUGCAUUAAGGUGCUAUUACUAUAUUGUUGGUAUCCUAAAUAGGAGCAUAUCCUGUCUUUAUGAAUGGUUUGCCUAACGUGGUAGUGGGCCCAGGAAGUAGUGACCGUUGUGGUUUAGAAGAUGCUUAGUAUGGCUGGGCAUGGUGUCUCACACCUGUAUACCCAACACUUUGGGAGGCCAAGGCAGGCGGAUCACGAGGUCAGGAGUUCGAGACCAGCCUGGCCAAUAUGGUGAAACCCCGUCUCUACUAAAAAUACAAAAAUUAUCUGGGCGUGGUGGCACAUGCCUAUAGUCCCAGCUACUUGGGAGACUGAGGCAAGAGAAUCGCUUGAACCCAGGAGGCAGAGGUUGCAGUGAGCUCAGAUCGCACCACUUACUCCAGCCUGGGUGACAGAGCAAGACUACGUAUCAAAAAAAAAAAAAAGAUGCUUAGUAUAAUGAAAAAUUACUAAGAAUUUCUGAAAAAUUUUCAGGGGACCUAUUCUUCAAAAGAAGGGAAAAAAUUUUAAACCUGAACUGGAGUCAUGUACAUAUUAGAAUAUUUUAUAAACAAAAACAUAGUUGAUAAGAUGUGUCAUUAAUGUUAAGCAGCAGAUUUACUUCCAGAGGAUCUCAGGAAUUAAGUGUAUGACUGUGUGUAACUUUACAUUUACUCAGCUGAACUAAGAUUUUUUUUUUUAUUGAAAUAUACCAUGCUUUCAAAAAGCCCCCUUGUGCCACAUCCAAGAGCAGAAUAGGUUCCUUAUAUAAGGAAACCGCAAAUCUUGAAAACAGCAGUUUUCCUUUAUGUUCUUUGACCACACUACUGUUUGGUUUAACUAGCGUUUCUGGUAUUGGAGUUGUUUGAGUCUCAGAAUGACUUUGCUUAGAAUUUUUAUAUUUCUGCCCAGCCUCUUCCUGUUGACAUAUUUGAACUGAAUCAAAAUUAUUUGAGUGAUCAUCGUAAGCGUUGUUAAAUAUAGCAUUUGAAAACAGUCUAAGGGUCUGAAAUAUUAACCUAUUCGGGUGUGUUUGCUUGGAAACCUGGAAUGAAGACUGUUUGAAAAUAUAUUUGUUUUUAGAAUAUAAUCUGAAAAAGGCUUUAAAAAUUCUGAGGCUCAGUAAAGUUUUAAAAUAGUAAUUAUUCAUAUCUCAACAUCUCAGACACCAAGGCAUUUUAUGUAGUGGAAAUGAGGAAGGUGGUAGAAUCACUAUGUUUUAAAAAUAUGCAGCUAUGUCCUCAUUUUAAGGAAGAUUAUACCUAAAUACCAUUUCUAUUUUUAUAUCAGGAUCAUCUAUGAACAGGAUUAAGGAAAUCCUCAUUAUCUUUCCAAAACUACACAAUUGAUAUAAAAUUUAACAUUUGUGUCAUUAUUUUUCAUUCUGAGUGAUAAACUAUAAAAUGUUUCUUGAAAAUAUGUAUGUACCAUAUGCUGAAAACAGGCACAUUUCUGACAGGGAAAUGAACUGCCUGUACUCUCAUUUGGCUAUUGGGUGAAGUGUAGAUUCCAGUGUUUAAAUUCUUUAAAGUUUAUAAGUGCCUGACCAAGAGGCUAUAGAGCUAAAAGAUUUAUAGGCAAAGAAUUAGGAGCCACUGCUAAUGGAAAAGCAAACAAAUUUAAAAGAAAACGUAUCUGAGUAUGUGUAUAUUACACUCUAAGUAUGAUAUAUAUUUAAAAGUGUCUCUGAUAUUAUAAUGAGAGUUAAUAGGAAAUUUUAGGUUGUGUCUUCUCUAGUUUUGUUAGUGUGUGUGUGUGUGUGUGUGUGUGUGUGUGUGUGUGUCUGUGAUGAAGUCUUACUAUGUUGCCCAGGCUGGUCUCAAACUCUGGGGCUCAAGCAGUCCUCCCACCUUAGCCUCCCAAGUAGCUAGACUGUGUCAGCCCAGCUAUCCCAGUUUUUAUGAAACACUUCUGUAAAGGAAAAUAACCUUUCCUGUUAACUAAUUCCUAUAUUCAUUCAAGAAGGAAUUCAACUCAGUUUUCAAUUGUUUUGUUCUGUUGUCUACAGAAUGUUAGGUUUAGUGACUUAGAUUAACCAAUUCUAAAAACAGCAAGCAGAGGGGUUGUAUGCAGGCCCCUCUGCUUACUGCUCUGUAACCCCAGGCAAGAUAUUGACCUUCCUAAGCCUCCAUUUCUUGAGUAAGAGUAGGCUUAUAGUACCCGGAGCCCAGAGAUAUUUCGGCGUUAAGUAAUGUAAUAUGUAUGAUGCGCCUGACACUUCUAAGUACACAGUAAACCUUAGCUCGUGUUAUGAUGGAGGUGGGGUUUUCCUUUAUAGAUAAAGAGAACUUCAUUUUACGGUAACAGUAAUUAACUGUUACUGUUAAUAAAACUGUCAAUAAAAUGGUAAUGAACUGUUACUCUAAAAUAAAACACUUAUAAAUGUGGACCCCAUCGGAACUACAGUUUUAAUGUUCAAAGCAUCAUCUACGUUGAGAAACUGUUUUGAGAGGUAAAUCAUUGCUGUACAUGUGGAAUAGCUCUGUGUCAUACAAAAGUGUUACUGCUCAGACAACUAGGUCAAGGGCUGGGCAUGCCAAAAUGAGCAACCUGGUCUCUGCCCUUACAGAAUUUACAGUGUGGGAGUGGAGAUAGUUGAGAAUAUAAAUAACCCAGGGGAGUGAAGGGGUGAACAGAGCAAGUAGGAAAGUGUUGAUCUUGGACUGCUUAUGAAAAUACUCAGCCACGGGCUUCCAAAAUAGGACACUGCAGCUGUGGUCUGAGACCCCUUCAAAUAUUAUCCAAGCAUUGUGCUCUUCUUGAGAGAGGGUGGGCUGUGUGGGGAAGCCUGACAGUCCUGAUGUGGUGAUCUGGGAAUGGGUGGUGUCCAGGUAAGUAUUAACCAAAGAUGUGAUAUUAAAAUAUAAAUUCAUGGAGUACUGAAAUCAUUUUAAAUGAGUAAACCCUGCCUUUGGUAGGCCCAGAUAAAGCUCUGGUUUUUCCCUAAGACUGCACUUAGUGCGUAGCUGUACUUUUUAUCACAAACAGAAGAAACAGAUGUUUUGGGGAGAAUAGGUCUCAACCUCACCUACAUGUUGGAAUCACUUGAGGACCUUUAAAACAAAACAAAACAAAAACCUCAUGCCUGUACCCCACUCCAGGGGUUCUGAUUUAACUGCACCCAGGCAUCAGUGUUUUUAAAACUCUCCAGAUGAUUCCAAUGUGCAGCCAAGGUUGAGAGCCACUCUUCCUCCCUAUCCUAGGUUUUAUUUCCCCCCAGAUGUUCCCUAAUAAAUUUCAGGAGACUAGCUCAGCCAAAUUCUGUCAACAAGUUUUCUAAUCAGAAGUUAUUAAUUUAACACCAGUCCGUGUGUUUUCCCUUUGAAAACAUGUGCACUUUCUGCGUUUCGGUAAGUAAUAUUGGCUCCUGGAGAAAUAUUCAUCUUAAGCUCCUAGUGGAGCAAAAGAACCUUUCUCAUCUAGCACCCUGCCUCCAGACAGCAAGCUCACCAUCAAAACAUGAUUCACUGUCCUAUUUUUCACAUCUCCUUGGCAUGACCAACCCUCAGAUUUCAUCCUGUAACCAUUUAUUUGGUCAUUUAACAAUGGGUUGUUUCUUCCUAAAUCUCUCAUGCAGCAGUUUAAAGCCUGUAAUGUGCAAAGUUGAAGCAUUUUGUAUUUGGCACUGAAGUCUAUCCGUGGACAUCCAGGCUCUGGACUCCUCUGGUAGCCUUUUGUAUUCCUUUGCUUGUCUCAAUUUACAUAGUGUUUCUUUUUGUUUUGUUUUGUUUUCCAAGUUUCAGUUAUUUACUAAUCAGUGCAAUCGCCAAUAGAUUGCAUCAACAUGAUUUCAUGCAUUUAGAGGAGAAGUAUUUCCUGGUUAAGCGGAAAAUUGUGUGGAUGGCUUCUGGAAGACCUUCAUUCUAAAGCAGCUUUAUAGUGAAACAUUUGUUAGAAAUCUGGACCUUCUUUCUUCAGUUUGCUGUAAUCCACAUGUACUGAGUAGAACUUGUAUUGAUCAUUGGGAGUCAGUUUGUUCCAGGGCUCUGGAUUGUUCUUUCUGUCCCAACUAACAUCUGGAUUGAACAAUGCCAGACACAAGAGAUACAGUGCUGCUCCAGUACCUCCAGCUCCAAUGAAUACAAAGGGAGAUCAAGCUUAGAUGCUUCUUGGACUGAGUGAUGAUCUGGCGGAGCAUGUUUGCUGAAGAGGCCUCCAACUGGAAAGGAGAGAACCAGCCUAGCCACCAGGCUCUGGGCUAAGUAGUAUCUCCAUAGUGUUUCUUUAUAGAUUCUGUUUCUACCACUUUACUCUUUUAAUUAACAGAUAUCUAGUGAAUGACAAAUAUAGGCCAGACACUCUUCUGGGCAUUAGGGACAAAACAUUUUGCAAAUUGGGCAAAAAUUUCUGCCCUCCUGGGACUUGCAUUCAAGUGGGAGGAGAGAGAAAAGAAAAUGAAUAAUUAGCUAAAAUAUAUAUAGUAUGUUCAAAGGUGUUAAGUGCUAUGGAGAAAAAUAAGGCAGGGCAGGGGGAAAGGGAGUGCUAUGGCUGAGAUGUGGUGUGAUAUUAAAUCGGCUUUGCAGUAUUAUUUAAACAAGAGGAGGGUGAAGGCUUGGACCAGAGGAGUAGUGAUAGAAAUGGUGAAAAGUGGUUGCAAUCUGGGUACGUUUCAGCAAGGCCUAAAGAAGGUGAAGGAUUGAGCCCUGCAGAUACCAGGAAGAUGAGAAUUCCAGACAGAGCUGUUGCAAAUGCAAAAGCAGGAGUGAACAUGGGGUGCCAAGAAACGACUAUAACAGGGGCAUCCGAUCUUUUGGCCUCCCUGGGACACAUUGGAAGAAGAAGAAUUGUCUUGGGCCACACAUAAAAUACAUUAAUGAUAGCUGAUGAGCUAAAAGAAAAAAAAUCACAAAAUCUCAUAAUAUUUUAGGAAAGCUUGCAAAUUUCUGUUGGGUCAUAUUCAAAGCCAUCCUGGGCCACAAGCGGUCUGCAGGCCACAGAUUGGACAAGCUUGUGCUAGAAGGCCCAGUGUGGCUGGAGCAAAGCGAGUGUGCAGGAGAGGGCUAUGAGACUGGUGUGGGGUGGAAGUGAGAUUGCAGAGGGCCUUUUAGGACUUUUGUAAAGAUUUUGGCUUUUUCACUGAGUGAGAUGGAGAAUUAUUAGAGGAUUUUGAAUGGAGAAGGAACCCAGGAUCAUUCUGGUUGCUCACUUGAGACGACUCUCUAGGGGUCAUUGGUAGAAGUGGAGAGACUAAUCAGGAAGAUAUUUCAAUAAUCUAAUUGAGAGAUGAUGGUGUCUUGGAUCGGGGUAGUAGCUAAGAUGGGUCAGAAAUCAUUGGAAUCUGAAUAUAUUUUUGUAGGUAAAAUUUUUUGCCCUUAUGUCUAUGUAAUAUUUUUCGAUAUUCCUCUUAAAAUAGAGCCCUAAACUCCAGUAAGGGACCUGAAUAAUGUUAGUUAUAGCAAAAGGUUAACUGUCUGACUCUUGAAUACCAUAAAUUUAGUGUUGUGUUUUCUGCCCCCGCCAUGGGGUAGAUAUUAUUUUCCUAUGUUUCUUUUUUUUAUUAUUAUACUUUAAGUUCUGGGAUACAUGUGCAGAACCUGCAGGUUUGUUACAUAGGUAUACAUGUGCCGUGGUGGUUUGCUGUGCCCAUCAACCCAUCGUCUACAUUAGGUAUUUCUCCUAAUGGUAUCCCUCCCCCAGCCUCCCAUCCCCCGACAGGCCCCAGUGUGUGAUGUUCCCCUCCCUGUGUCCAUGUGUUCUCAUUGUUCAACUCCCAUUUAUGAGUGAGAACAUGCAGUGUUUGGUUUUCUGUUCUUGUGUUAGUUUGCUGAGAAUUAUGGUUUCUAGCUUCAUCCAUGUCCCUGCAAAGGACAUGAACUCAUCCUUUUUUAUGGCUACAUAGUGCAUGGUGCAUAUGUGCCACAUUUUCUUUAUCCAGUCUAUCAUUGAUGGGCAUUUCGGUUGGUUCUAAGUCUUUGCUAUUGUGAAGAGUGCUGCAAUAAACAUACAUGUGCAUGUGUCUUUAUAGUAGAAUGAUUUAUAAUCCUUUGGGCAUAGACCUAGUAAUGGGAUUGCUGGGUCAAAUGGUGUUUCCGGUUCUAGAUCCUUGAGGAAUUGCCACACUGUCUUCCACAAUGGUUGAACUAAUUUACACUCCCACCAACAGUGUAAAAGCGUUCCUAUUUCUCCACAUCCUCUCCAGCAUCUGUUGUUUCCUGACUUUUUAAUGAUCGCCAUUCUAACUGGUGUGAGAUGGUAUCUCAUUGUGGUUUUGAUUUGCAUUUCUCUGAUGACCAGUGAUGAUGAGCUUUUUUUCAUGUUUGUUGGCUGCAUAAAUGUCUUCUUUUGAGAAGUGUCUGUUCAUAUCCUUCGCCCACUUUUUGAUGGUGUUGAUUUUUUUCUUGUAAACUUGUUUAAGUUCUUUGUAGAUUCUGGAUAUUAGCCCUUUGUCAGAUGAAUAGAUUGCAAAAAGUUUCUCCCAUUCUGUAGGUUGCCUGUUCACCCUGAUAACAGGUUUUUUUGUUUGUUUGUUUGUUUGUUUUUUGCUGUGCAGAAGCUCUUUAGUUUAAUUAGAUCCCAUUUGUCAAUUUUGGCUUUUGCCAUUGCUUUUGGUGUUUUAGUCACGAAGCCUUUGCCCAUGCCUAUGUCCUGAAUGGUAUUGUCUAGAUUUUCUUCUAGGGUUUUUAUGGUUUUAGGUCUUACAUUUAAGUCUUUAAUCCAUCUUGAGUUAAUUUUUGUAUAAGGUGUAAGGAAGGGGUGCAGUUUCAGUUUUCUGCAUAUGGCUAGCCAGUUUUCCCAACACCAUUUACUAAAUAGGGAACCCUUUCCCCAUUUCUUGUUUUUGUCAGGUUUGUCAAAGAUCAGAUGGUCAUAGAAGUGUGGUGGUAUUUCUGAGGCCUCUGUUCUGUUCCAUUGGUCUAUAUAUCUGUUUUGGUACCAGUACCAUGCUGUUUUGAUUACUGUAGCCUUGUAGUAUAGUUUGAAGUCAGGUAGCAUAAUGCCUCCAGCUUUGUUCUUUUGGCUUAGGAUUGUCUUGGCUAUGUGAGCUCUUUUUUGGUUCCAUAUAAAAUUUAAAGUAGUUUUUUCUAAUUAUGUGAAGAAAGUCAAUGGUAGCUUGACAGUGAUAGCAUUGAAUUUAUAAAUUACUUUGGGCAGUAUGGCCAUUUUCACGAUAUUGAUUCUUUCUGUCCAUGAGCAUGGAAUGUUUUUCCAUUUGUUUGUGUUCUCUCUUAUUUCCUUGAGCAGUGGUUUGUAGUUCUUGAAGAGGUCCUUCACAUCCCUUGCAAGUUGUGUUCCUAGGUAUUUUAUUCCCUUUGUAGUAAUUGUGAAAGGGAGUUCACUCAUGAUUUGGCUGUUUGUCUGUUAUUGCUGUAUAGGAAUGCUUGUGAUUUUUACACUUUGAUUUUGUAAAAAUCAAAGUCUUGAGACUUUGCUGAAGUUGCUUAUCAGCUUAAGGAGAUGAUGAUGGGGUUUUCUAAAUAUACAACCAUGUCAUCUGCAAACAGAGACAAUUUGACUUCCUCUCUUCCUAUCUGAAUAUCCUUUAUUUCUUUCUCUUGCCUGAUUGCCCUGGCCAGAACUUCCGAUACUACAUUAAAUAGGAGUGGUGAGAGAGGGCAUCCUUGUCUUGUGCCGGUUUUCAAAGGGAAUGCUUCUAGCUUUUGCCCAUUCAUUAUGAUAUUGGCUGUGGGUUUGUCAUAAAUAGCUCUUAUUAUUUUGAGAUACAUUCCAUUAAUACCUAGUCUAUUGAGAGUUUUUAGCAUGAAAGGGUGUUGAAUUUUGUUGAAGGCCUAUUCUGCAUCUAUUGAGAUAAUCAUGUGGUUUUUGUCAUUGGUUCUGUUUAUGUGAUGGAUUAUGUUUAUUGAUUUGUGUAUGUGUAGGCCUAGGUUAAUAUACAUGUUGGUGUCUUCAUUUUUAGUUAAAAAGUUUAAAAAGCAAAAUAUAAUAAUUUAAUAGCAAAAAACUUAUUGAAUAAGGAAUAAAAUAUAUUUUUGUGCAGCUAUAAAAUGUGUUUGUGUUUUAAGCCAAAUGUUAUUAUAAGUGUCAAAAAGUUAAAAAGAAUGUUUAAAGUUUAAAAAGUAAAAAAGUUGCAGUAACCUACAGCUUACUGUUGAAGAAAGAAAAAUAUUUUUUUAUAAAUUUAGUGUAGCCUAGGUGUACAGUGUUUAUUAUAAAGUCUACGGCAGUGCAGAGUAACAUCCUAGACCCUCACAUUCACUCACCACUCACUUGCUGACCCAUCCAGAGCAACUUCCAGUCCUGCCAACUCCAUUCAUGGUAAGUACCCUAUACAGGUAUACUAUUUUUAAUCUUUUAUACAUUUUUUAUUGUACCUUUCCUAUGUUUCGAUACACAAAUACUUACUAUUGUGUUGCAGUUACCUACAGGAUUCAGUACAGGAAAAUGCUGUACAGACUUAUAGCCUAGGAGCAAGAGGCCAAACCCUAUAGCCAAAGUGUGUAGUAGGCUAUACCAUCUAGGAUUGUAUAAGUACACUCUAUGACAUCCACACGACAAAAUUGCCUAAUGAUGCGUUUCCCAGAACGUAUCCCUAUUGUUCAGCAACAUAUGACUGCAUUUUGACCCAAAUGAUCAAUGAUUGCUAUUGCACUGCUGUUGCUUAAUAAACAUGUACAUUCCCUUCUUGCAGUCUUUACCUUAUUCCAUGGUAGGUCCCUGGAAGUUGACAGAGGCCGGCAAUGUGAGUAGAGGAAAAAACAUGAUACUGUUAAUAAUAUAAAGGAGACGAGUUAACGGGUGCAGCACACCAACAUGGCACACGUAUACAUAUGUAACAAACCUGCACGUUGUGCACAUGUACCCUAGAACUUUUAAGUAUAACAAAAAAAUAUAUGUAUAUAAAGAAGCCCAUGAUUCAAAACAAAUGAGGCCCAGGACAGUUCUUGUCCCACUCCUCUCCUUCGUUCCUUCUCCCAACUCUCUAAAUAAGAUAGAAUUGUCCUUUUCCAGCUCCAUGCGGAUCUCUCAGGUGGCCUCUUAUGACUUCUUUGCUUCCUCUUUGCCCCUAAACAGGGUGCAGGUAUCAUGAGAAAAUGCAGAGUAGUACAAAAGAAAUCUGGUGUUCUCUUCCCCAAAACCAAGUGCACCUUACUCUAAUUUCUGGUAGUCACAUAAACAUUUCUGUUAUUCAUUUUAAUAACUGGAAGAAUUUCAGAUUAAGUAGAUGCUCAUUUCUCAUUUCAUUGGUUCAGCAAUUACUUAUUGAGUACUUUUUAUGUGCCAGAUACUGUUCUAGGCUCUGGGAGACAGGAAUGAACAAAACAAAGUCCCCAUUUCUUAGGGAGCUUACCUUAUGAUGCAGCAGAGAGACAGAAGUACAACUAAUAUUCAAAUGCUCAGCACAGAAGGUUCUUGCUGUUUUGCUGCACCAAGUUCUUGGAAAUCACAUACAGAUCCCCCUAAAGGAGACUGGAACAGUGCAAUAUUUGGGGACUGCAUUCUCCACCCAAGGAUUUAGCAUCAAAUGAAAAACAGGUGUAACCAAGAGCGUAACACAAAAGAGCUUCAGUGGCUCGGCAGCUAAUGCACUGUUGGAGUAGUGGUUAAAUAUUUGGAGGGAUUACAAAUCCCACUGAAGACUAGAAAAGAGCUGUGGACUUUCUCUUCAGAAAAAUAAACAUGAUUCCCGUGACAGAAUUCCGGCAGUUCUCUGAGCAGCAGCCUGCCUUCCGAGUGCUGAAGCCAUGGUGGGAUGUGUUUACCGAUUACCUCUCAGUAGCCAUGCUCAUGAUCGGCGUAUUUGGAUGUACUUUACAGGUCAUGCAAGACAAGAUAAUCUGCCUUCCAAAAAGAGUGCAGCCUUCUCACAACCACUCUUCCCUUUCGAAUGUCUCUCAAGCAGUUGCCAGUACCACUCCACUGCCUCCACCUAAACCAUCUCCUGCUAACCCCAUCACUGUGGAAAUGAAAGGCCUGAAGACAGAUUUGGACCUUCAGCAGUACAGCUUUAUAAACCAGAUGUGUUAUGAGCGAGCCCUCCAUUGGUAUGCCAAGUAUUUCCCUUACCUUGUCCUCAUCCAUACCCUGGUCUUUAUGCUCUGCAGUAACUUUUGGUUCAAAUUCCCUGGAUCCAGCUCCAAAAUAGAACAUUUCAUCUCCAUUCUGGGGAAGUGUUUUGACUCUCCUUGGACCACACGGGCUUUGUCUGAAGUGUCUGGGGAGGACUCGGAAGAAAAGGACAACAGGAAGAACAACAUGAACAGGUCCAACACCAUCCAAUCUGGUCCAGAAGGCAGCCUGGUCAACUCUCAGUCUUUAAAGUCCAUUCCUGAGAAGUUUGUAGUUGAUAAAUCCACUGCAGGGGCUCUGGAUAAAAAGGAAGGUGAGCAGGCUAAGGCCUUAUUUGAGAAGGUGAAGAAGUUCAGGCUGCAUGUGGAAGAAGGUGAUAUUCUAUAUGCCAUGUAUGUUCGCCAGACUGUACUUAAAGUUAUCAAAUUCCUAAUCAUCAUUGCAUAUAACAGUGCUCUGGUUUCCAAGGUCCAGUUUACAGUGGACUGUAAUGUGGACAUUCAGGACAUGACUGGAUAUAAAAACUUUUCGUGCAAUCAUACCAUGGCACACUUGUUCUCAAAACUGUCCUUUUGCUAUCUGUGCUUUGUUAGUAUCUAUGGAUUGACGUGCCUUUAUACCUUAUACUGGCUGUUCUACCGUUCUCUACGGGAAUAUUCCUUUGAGUAUGUCCGUCAGGAGACUGGAAUUGAUGAUAUUCCAGAUGUGAAAAAUGACUUUGCUUUUAUGCUUCAUAUGAUAGAUCAGUAUGACCCUCUCUAUUCCAAGAGAUUUGCAGUGUUCCUGUCUGAAGUCAGUGAAAACAAGUUAAAGCAGCUGAACUUAAAUAACGAAUGGACUCCCGAUAAACUGAGGCAGAAGCUACAGACAAAUGCCCAUAAUCGACUGGAAUUGCCUCUUAUCAUGCUCUCUGGCCUCCCAGACACUGUUUUUGAAAUCACAGAGUUGCAAUCUCUAAAACUUGAAAUCAUUAAGAACGUAAUGAUACCAGCCACCAUUGCACAGCUAGACAAUCUUCAAGAGCUCUCUCUGCACCAGUGUUCUGUCAAAAUCCACAGUGCGGCACUCUCUUUCCUGAAGGAAAACCUCAAGGUCUUGAGCGUCAAAUUUGAUGACAUGAGGGAACUCCCCCCCUGGAUGUAUGGGCUCCGAAAUCUGGAAGAGCUGUACCUAGUUGGCUCUCUAAGUCAUGAUAUUUCCAGAAAUGUCACCCUUGAGUCUCUGCGGGAUCUCAAAAGCCUUAAAAUUCUCUCUAUCAAAAGCAACGUUUCCAAAAUCCCUCAGGCAGUGGUUGAUGUGUCCAGCCAUCUCCAGAAGAUGUGCAUACAUAAUGAUGGCACCAAGCUGGUGAUGCUCAACAACUUAAAGAAGAUGACCAAUCUGACCGAGCUGGAGCUGGUCCACUGUGACCUGGAGCGUAUUCCUCAUGCUGUGUUCAGCCUACUCAGCCUCCAGGAAUUGGACCUGAAGGAAAACAAUCUGAAAUCUAUAGAAGAAAUCGUUAGCUUUCAGCACUUAAGAAAGUUGACAGUGCUAAAACUAUGGCAUAACAGCAUCACCUACAUCCCAGAGCAUAUAAAGAAACUCACCAGCCUGGAACGCCUGUCCUUUAGUCACAAUAAAAUAGAGGUGCUGCCUUCCCACCUCUUCCUAUGCAACAAGAUCCGAUACUUGGACUUAUCGUACAAUGACAUUCGAUUUAUCCCACCUGAAAUUGGAGUUCUACAAAGUUUACAGUAUUUUUCCAUCACAUGUAACAAAGUGGAAAGCCUUCCAGAUGAACUCUACUUCUGCAAGAAACUUAAAACUCUGAAGAUUGGGAAAAACAGCCUAUCUGUACUUUCACCGAAAAUUGGAAAUUUGCUAUUUCUUUCCUACUUAGAUGUAAAAGGUAAUCACUUUGAAAUCCUCCCUCCUGAACUGGGUGACUGUCGGGCUCUGAAGCGAGCUGGUUUAGUUGUAGAAGAUGCUCUGUUUGAAACUCUGCCUUCUGACGUCCGGGAGCAAAUGAAAACAGAAUAACUUAUUUUUCGUUAAAGUUUGACUGAAACACGCUUCUACCAAAUACAGUAUGAAUAAUUAGGUAGUCUUAAUGCCUUUCCUAUUUUUUUUUUCCUUUUCACACAAAACAAAAUGUACACAAAGAUUGCGUAAGGAGUAUGUAUUUUUAAUAAAAAUUUAAUUGUAUUUUUUCAAUAUUAAUAUUUUAAAGUUUUAUUUGUCUUGAAACACAAUGUAUCUAUUAUCUACUGACAGAAAGAGAUAGUUCCAUUUGGUUUUUUGUUUUUGUUUUUUAGUUCAUUCUUGUGGAAAGGAGGGAAUUAUAAGUUGCAUGCUUUUUGCCAUUUUUUAAAUAGAGGAAGAUAUUUUGCCAAGGCCGUUUUUAACUUGUUUACACCUGUACAGGGUUCUCAUUUUUGUUUUCAUUGUGUAUGUAUCAAGGAAUCUGUGCUAGUUAUUUUAAUACCAGCUGCCUUCUCCAUUGGCCAAGACCUUCAUUCAGUGGAACUUCACAUAAGUGCAUUGUCAUAGAGUGUUUUAAACGUUCCCUUGCCUCCAACAAAACCCUAAAUUGUAUUAUUUCAUAUACCUGACAGUUAUUGUUAUCCUUAGGCAAGGUUUUUGUGAGUGAAGAAAAUAAUCUUUAGUGGCUGGUGUGUUUGAAUUAGGCCUUUAUCAUUUAACUUAUUUGCAUUUUACCAACAUUUUAAAAAUAUUUAAAACCUAAAUACAGAGGCUCCUCCCACCUUAAUCUCAAUACUGCUAUGUAGCACUGGUGAACAACUUUGGAGAACCUAGAUUUAUUUUAAUAUUCUAAUAGUUAAUUAAAUUUAAAAAUCUUAGAAUUAGAAGCCUGGUUUUUGAGUAAUUUAAUCAUCUUUCAUAUCUUGAUAUGCGGCUGCAUCAGACGGAAAAAAAUUUACUAAAGCACCCUGUUAAAGAGCUGGUGUGCUCCAGUGAGGCCCUCUCCUUUUCUCAGCACAGUGUGGCGGUGGUAAUCUAUUCAAAUUUUGCCUGUUGCACAAAAUAAUCCACUUAUAUAUACAGUCAGCCUUCCAUACUUGUGGGUUCUGCAUCUGUGGAUUCCACCAACUGUAGAUGGAAAAUAUUCAAAAAGAAAGUUGUGUCUGUACUGAAUAUAUACAAACUUUUUCCUUGUCAUUAUUCCCUAAACAAUACAGCGUAACAACUAUUUAAAUAGGAUUUACAUUGUUUUAGGUAUUAUAAAUUACCUAGAGAUGAUUUAAAGUAUAUGGGAGGAUGUGCAUAGGUUAUAUGCAAUUUCUGCGCCAUUUUAUGUCAAGGAUUUGAACAUCCUCAGAUUUUGGUGUUCGAGGGCAUCCUGGAAUCAAUUCCCCAUGAUACCGAGGGAUGACUGGAUAUUAAUCGAUUUCCCUCAAGCCUGCCCUUGCUGUGAGCUAGUGCUACAAGCACGGGAACUCCAUCUGCUCUCUGGCUUAAAAUAUGUAUCUCAUCUAAAAUUGUUCGUUAAAGUGUGAAUAAAUUGCUAAGUGGUUGUUGCUUAGCAAUAAUUUUUGCCUGACCAUCAGCAGAGCUUUUAUUUACCUUUGUACUUAAAAUCCAACAUAGCAUGGGCUCUUGGGCAAAAUAUUUCACUGACUAUUAAGCAUGUAGAACAGGAAAAUGAAAUAUACUAUUUGUGCCCUUGACCUAGAACCAGAACCACUGAUUAUGAGAACUUUGUUUUAUGUACCAAAUUCACAUUGACCAUUUUCUGAGCUCUAGACUGAUCUUAGUAAGUUUUGUGACUUAACAAUGAAAGAAAGUAGAAAGAUGCUUUGGGUUUUCAAAAUGUUGUUUUAUAAAAUUGCUCCUUGGGUGAAUUUACUCAGUGCUGCUUUGAGUUGUAUACAGAAACCAAUGAUGGGAAUUGCUCCUCAGAAAUGUGUGCCUAAGUUGUGUUUUCAACUUUACGAUACAUCAUGGGGUGAAGCAUUAGGGAAAGAGAUUCUUUUGAUUUGUUUAAUAAUCUAAUUAUACAGACCAAAGUGCUUUAAGUUUCUGCUCUAUGUUAAUGUUUUAGAAUGGUGAUUUUGCUGAUUAAUUUAGACCUGGAAUUGAAAUAAUGUGCUCAGAAUAAUAACAUGGUUAUAGUUCUUGUAUGAUAAAGUAUUCAAUUUCAGAAUAUUGUUGGAAUCCUGAGUUUGAAUAAUGUGUUGUAUUUAGAAACAUAGCCCUAUCUGUUUUAAACAAAUAAUGUGUUGGCCGAUUGUCCAUGGUUGAGCAUGACAAAAAUACGUUGUCGAAAGGCAAGCUUAGGUAACUGCUGGCACAACACUGGGUGCACUAUUUUUCUGGAUAAAAUUUAUAGUUAUUUUCUAUAUUACCCUUCAAAAGGGAUCUCUUCAGGUUAAAAAUCACGCUUAUGCUGAAGUCUUUAUCUGGUGUUAACUAAAAAUCUCAUAUGGGUUCAUAACUGAGGUCACUAAUAAUUCAUUUUUAUCACUUGUAAAAAUUUGCUCAAAAUUCCAAAAAAAUAUUGAUUUAUUUUUUAAUGAUUUUUCAGGCUGACCCCCAACCUAAGUUUUGAUAACAUCUAGUAAGUCAGUAUAGCUCUGUGACUUCAUGUUUUAACUAAGAAGGAAAAUUCAUAGAUAUUCCUAUUAGAUUUUAUAAACCUUCAAAAGUCUCAAACUUAAUUUUGAGUCUAAAUUUUCUGACGCUGGCCCUUUUUAAUAUUGUAAGUUUUUGUUCACUUUCUUAAGUAAAAAAAAAUUUAAUUACUAUUUAGCCCUUAAAUGGGAAACUCAGGUAAUGAACUGCUGACUUUUCUAAAGUUCUUUAACUGAUCAAUUCAGUAUAGAGGGAUAUUUAUCACUUUCUGUAUUUUACAAGUGCUGUUUCUAAAAAGGAAUAACUAUUAUAGCUCUAUUUCCCAAAUCUCUAUAGGACUCAUGAGAAAUUGCUUGUGUAAAUAUAAAAGCACCAUAUGUGUUCUUAACUCCUAUGGCUGCUUGAAGCUCAUGAUGAAAAAGUCUUUUUGUCAGUUUUAAUUGUUAAGUACAGAACAAACAAUUGUUUGGUGAUGGCCUGGGUGAAAGAGAGCAUGUAAGUAUAUCCCAGUGGAACUCACCAAAGAAGACCACACCUCAGAAACUAUUGCAUUUUCUCGUUAUGUGUUGGGUUUGAUUUGCUUUUGUUUUUGAUGCAGCUCUUUUAAUAUAAAGAUUCUUGACACAGUGAAAUCUCUUAUUUCAAGUGUAAGUUUUUCUUAUCCUUCACCCACCCCUUCCCCUGCCAUUGUAUUUCCCAUCUAUUUCAAGGAGUUUCAACAAUUUACAUUGCAUCGUAUGCAGUAGGUACUGCUUUUUCAGAAAGACCUGGAAAACAUACCUGCUAUGAGUAUUUUGUUCAGAUGUAGCCAUUUACCUGGCUCUCAAGUCGUCUUUGUGGAGAGGGUCUUAGACAAAAAUCUUCCUUGUAUUUACUUGGGUUAAGUGAAGUCCAAAUUCUUACAGUAUGCUAUUUCAGGAUUUCUGAUAUUAAAAAAGAAAAAACAAAAUCUGUAUCUCUUAUUAACACUUCCCCCAAGAAGGGUUGUGCUGUUAUUUAUUUUCUAUUAUAAGAAAAGUUCAUUCUUUAAGUAGUUUCUUUUACUUCUAAUUUCAUACCAAAUACCUGAUCAGUAGAAAUGAUAUAUUUAAGCAGGAAAGAUUCCUAAUCCAUCGUUAUGAAAAGUGUCAGCAGUACUUAGUAGUGAACAGAUAAGGUCAAUUUCAAUAUAAUUCCACUUUGUUUUUAGAGACUAAAUUAAGAUUCAAUUAACAUUCUCCUAUGAAUUCUGAAUGUGAUAAUGUGACUCAAACACUCAAAUUUUAUUAAGCUCUUAGUAACUCAGGAUAGCAUUCCAUACUAACCUCAAGUUAGCAAAACAAAUAGUUAAACAGCUUGGUUCUUAGGAGACUGCCUAAAAUAUCAAGAAAAUUUUCUCAUCUUUUCUUUCUACUUAGAAACAUUGCAAGAAACCUUGGAUAGUCUUCACCAGACCUGCCAUGAUUUUAUAAGAUUUAGGCCUCAGUGACAUGCUUCUGAAAGUUUCCUGCCAGCCAUCCAAACUAAGCAUCCACUCAUUCCAUCUUCCCAAAGUCACUCACCAAUAAAGGUGGCAUCCUUAAGUUCAUUUUUGAAAGGUGGAGGAGGAUCUCCCCCUGCCCAAAGGAAUUUUUUUAUCAGAAUACCUUGAAAGGGGGGUAUAUAAAUUUGGAAAACUUAAUUUCUUGGCUGUGUUUGAUAACAGUUCCUAUGCAUGGUUUUUAAUGUGAUGUAAAUUUGUUUCUUUCUUCGGAAUACCUCUCUCCACCCCCCACCUUAUUCUUCCUCUUUAAUGAAUAUUUUUAUUGGAGCUCAAACUCCAUGCCUUAUGUGCUCACUAAGUUUUCUUUUUGCCCCUUGUUUACUCUGUCUGUAUGUAUGUCAAAAGCUGGCAAAACCUCUAAAACUGUCAAGAAAAUGCUUGAAAGUUGAUUUGUCAUAGUGCAAAUUCAUGAUAAAAUGUCUUAAUGUUAUUUGGAUAUGUAGUACAUAGAAACAGAAAAAUAAAGUCAUUUUUAUAACUUAAAA